AUGAAACAAAACACCAAUUUACCUUCUAGUCCAUACCUGAUUUGGUACGAAUAUGACUAUAUAAAAACUAAUUAUGAAUCUAAUAAACAUAAUAUUAUAAUGUUGUUUGUCUUGAUUGUAUUUUCAUGCAUUUGCUCAGCUUAUACCUAUGAUGAAAAUGAUUUCUUAUCUUUUGACGAUUUUCUUGAUGAAAUUGAUGAUAUAACUGAUACUACUGCUAACACAGGUAACCAACAACUUAAAGUUGGUGCAAUACCUACAACUACACCUAAUAAAGUUUCUAAUACCACUGAUUCUGGAAAUGCUACUAGUACAAAAGUAGGUGUUACUAGUAAUAGUAAUAAAAAAUCACUCAGUGAACAGGUAAAGCAAGCACUGGAUAAAGCAAAAGGUGCUAAUAUAAAUGCUAAAAAGAGUAAAGCACCUAAACAACCACCUUUAGGUAGUACUAAGAAACCUGUCAAUAAGAAAAAUCCAAAAGCUACUCAGACAACUAAAAAAUAA